AUGCCGGAACACGAUGCUCUUGUGCUUUCGUACUCUCAUUUACCGGACUUUCCACGUGCCAAGGAUGCCUUACAGAUCCUCAAAAAGGUGGCCUCUUUGGUGAAGCCCAUCAUGCGAGCCAGGGGUUGGAAGGUCAGGGAACUUGCUGAGUUCUAUCCGGAUCAGGCAAAUUUGCUUGGUCUUAACGUCAACAGAGGACAGCGAAUCCUAAUCAGAUUACGAUACCCUGGCGAUCGAUCCUUGUUUCUGCCCAUAGAGCAAGUUGUUGAUACAAUGCUCCACGAGCUCUCUCACAUUGUCUUUGGGCCACAUGAUGGUAAUUUUCAUGCUCUUUGGAACCAACUUCGAGACGAGCAUGAGGCGCUCAUCCGGAAGGGGUAUACUGGUGAAGGGUUCCUCUCCGAUGGCCGUCGACUAGGCGGCGGCCUGAUUCCUAUGCAUGAAGCUCGUCGUCUCGCCCGAGCAGCUGCUGAGAAACGCCGCUCUUUAUCAGCUGGUUCAGGGCAACGACUUGGUGGUCUAGGACCCAGGCCAGGGUCGGAUAUACGACGAACCAUUGUUGGCGCCGUUGAGCGCAGAAACAACACCUUGAAAGGCUGCGGAAACAUGAACCACAACGAUCGAGAGAUCCAAGAAAUAUCAGAAACAGCCACGAGAAAUGGCUUCCGUACUCAGGCAGAAGAAGAUGCGGCGAAUGAAGCAGCUAUUGCCCAGGCGCUUUGGGAGCUAGUGCAGGAGGAGGAAAAACAGCGCUAUGGAAAUUACUACGUCCCUCCAAGCGCGCAGAACCCCACUGGAAACGGAGGUGGCUCUGUCAGGGGAGAAUAUGGCUCAAGAAGCGGCAGUGUACCUCCUCCAAUUCCAGGGCCGGCGUCAAGACCACCGCCGGUACCGAGGCCCGAAACUCGGCCACCAGUGAUCUCGGCUUCUUCAUCCCAGCUUCAGCCGGUUCAGCAACGGGGUUGGACUUGUGGGAUCUGCACUCUUCACAAUCCUGCAAAUUUUCUCUGCUGCGACGUGUGUGGAACAGAAAAGGGACAAAACCCUCAGCGCCAGGUGUGGACACCCAACGCCGAGAAGCGUGAGCGUCAGCGAGCAUCAGCAGCUGCAACAGGGGCAACAAGACCACAGGCAGUGACUAUAGACCUCACCGGUAGCCCGCCAAGAACAGGCAAUAGCAGGGGCGUUGGCGAUGGUGCAGCAAGCCCGGCGAAACCCUUGACUUGGGCAUGUUCUUAUUGUGGCACGAUUAUGGAAAGGCAGUGGUGGACAUGUUCAACAUGCGGAGUGAUGAAAGACAAUUCGCGAUGA